AAAGACAACCAUUGGAUUAAAAAUCUGCCAGGUGCUGACAUCAGAAGGGUGGGAGGUAGAUAGUUGGAGAGUCGGUCGUUGGAGAGUAGCCGAAUUCGAAAAGAACCAGCGAAAACUAUUAUACUGUUACCUUCAACCAACGUGUUAGAAGUUAAAACCAACCCCCAGCGGCGCGAGCUGACAAUUCUCAAACCGGGAACUUCGGAGCUCGAAAACGGAGCGGAUCUCUUGCUCAUCUCUCUUCGACCUCGAUCGAUCGCGAACGCAUUUGGUCUAUAGAUUCUUCACUGACGGGUUCUGGUUUUUCUAGUACAUUGAUUCUUAACCUAUCUUACCAUCUGAAGGUUAUUGGACUGAUACAGCUUUCAUCCAUUUGCGGAUGGCCUUUGUUUCUUCAAUCAAUGGAGUUGCCCUUCUCAAUCUAGAGAAGCGUGACUGCCUAUCUAGGGGGGAUGAUCCUUACUUGGGCUUCAAUCGUUCACGAAUUGGAAGAUCUCAAAGGCAUAUGAAAAGGUGGAGUCGUUUAUUUACGACUGUUAGUGCUGCUAUUGUGAACCCGGAUACUGAUUUUAGUAAUCCGGAUUGGAAAGAACAUUUUCAACUGCAAUUUGAAAAGAGGUUCAAUUUGCCGCAUUUGAGGGAUGUCUUCGAUGUAACGCCUAUCCUGACUACAUUUUCUCUUAAAAUCAGAGGUUCUCAAGUGUUGGAUGGUGCCACAAUGCCUGAGGAUAGGAAAAAUGAAUAUAUUAAUGACGAUGAUAGGACACUUUUAAAGGUUAUAAAAUAUUCUUCACCAACUUCUGCUGGAGCUGAGUGCAUUGAUCCUAAUUGCAGUUGGGUGGAGCAAUGGGUGCAUCGUGCAGGACCACGGAAGCAGAUAUACUUUGAACCUGGGAGAGUUAAAGCUGGAAUUGUCACUUGUGGGGGGCUCUGUCCUGGCCUUAAUGAUGUCAUUAGACAGAUAGUUUUUACUCUUGAGCUGUAUGGGGUUAAGAAGAUUGUUGGGAUCCCAUUUGGUUAUCAUGGUUUCUUUGAUCAGGGCUUACCAGAAAUACCGCUUUCUCGCAAUGUUGUUCAAAACAUUAAUCUUGCUGGUGGAAGUUUGCUGGGAGUUUCUCGUGGGGGUGGUAAUACCAGUGAAAUUGUAGAUAGCAUACAGGCCAGAGGAAUUGAUAUGCUUUUCAUUCUCGGUGGAAAUGGCACUCAUGCAGGAGCAAAUGCGAUACACAAUGAGUGCCGCAGGAGAAUGAUGAGAGUAUCUGUUGUAUGUGUCCCAAAAACAAUUGACAAUGAUAUACUCCUAAUGGAUAAGACAUUCGGUUUUGAUACUGCUGUUGAAGAAGCUCAACGUGCAAUCAAUUCUGCAUAUAUUGAGGCACACAGUGCAUAUCAUGGUAUUGGUGUGGUGAAAUUGAUGGGAAGAAGCAGUGGUUUUAUAGCCAUGCAUGCAUCACUCUCUAGUGGGCAGACUGAUAUAUGUUUGAUUCCUGAGGUGCCUUUUAAACUAGAAGGACCUUAUGGCGUCUUGCAACAUUUAGAGAAUCUGAUAAAAACAAAAGGAUCUGCGGUGAUUUGUGUGGCUGAAGGGGCAGGACAAGAUUUGCUAGAAAAGUCAAAUGCCACAGAUGCAUCUGGGAAUGUGGUACUUCAAGAUAUUGGAGUCCAUAUCCAACAGCAGAUAAAAAAGCAUUUUAGGGGAAUAGGAGUUCCUGCUGAUGUUAAAUACAUUGAUCCCACCUAUAUGAUUCGAGCCUGUCGUGCAAAUGCUUCUGAUGCUAUCCUUUGCACUGUUCUUGGACAGAAUGCGGUGCAUGGUGCAUUUGCGGGGUACAGUGACAUCACAGUUGGGUUAUGCAACACCCACUACGUCUACCUUCCCAUUCCUGAAGUCAUUACAUCACCAAGGUGUGUGGACCCCAACAGUCGGAUGUGGCACCGAUGUCUGACUUCCACUGGCCAACCAGAUUUUCUUUGAUCACCCUGCUUUCAUCUACAGUGAAUCACUGCUGAACACACUUCUAGCUUUUCCCUCUGUUCAUCUCUUGCUAAUCUCAGGAGAUCAGCUAUUGCCAGUUUUAAGGUGGCGAUAAGGAUUUGGUGCAAUGAUUCAGGGUCCAAAUAAAGGCCGUAAUCAAUCCCAGCAAUUAUGUAAUAGGCCGUUAUAUCUCAUGUAGUAACUUUCUAAACUCAGAAUUUUCUCAUAUUAUAUAUAUGUACAGGAAACGGUAAGUCUGUUCCAUUGUGACCUAGUGGUCAGUGCUCGCAGGUUUGAGUCGGAAAACAGUCUCUUCAAGCGGGGUUAAGACUGCGUACAUUGUGAUCCUCUCCAGACCCCGCAGUGGUUGGAGCUUUGUGCGCUGGGUAUGCCAUUUUUUUUUUCAUAUAUAUAUGUACUGAAAAGUUCUCAGCUAACCAUAAAUUAAAUGAAAAAUGAUAUGCACACCA